AUGGACACUGAUUUUGAUAGUGGAAGUGGAGAACUACGAGGACCAGAAACUUCAUAUUUGAUUGAAUGUGUUGGAUCAGUAUUACGUCAGUAUAUAGCUGAAGUCUUAAUUAAACGACCUGUGGAUCCAAUCGAUUAUUUGGGUCGCUGUUUAAAAAAUUAUAUAAAAAUAAGAGAUAUUGAAAUAAAAGAAUCUAUAGAAAACAAUGAAAUAAUCCAUUUGAAUCAAUUAGAAGAAAAUGAAACCUCAUUGGAAAUUGAAAAUGAGGAUAAACCCUCAGAUAUCACUACAGAAUCGAAGAAUAAUGAGCAUGACUCAGAUGACAAAAUGAUUAAUAACGAUAUACAUAUGAAUAACAUUAAUAAAGUUGAAGCUAAUAAUAAUAAUACUACUAAUAAUGAUGCUGAUGAUAGAGAGGUUCAGGAUAGAAAUCAAUUGCAAAGUGAUUCAGAGAAUUAUGUCAAAGAAUCAAUAAACGAAGGAGAAAUAGAUGAUGAUGAUGAUGACGGUGAACAAAGUACAUUAAAAUUUGAUAAUGAAACUGAUGAUGAUAUCACUUUUGAAUCACAAAUUAAACAAGAUAUUAAUGAAACACCAUUAGAAGAUAUUAUUGAUCAUGAUCAUGAUGGUGAUGAUGAUGAUGAUGAUCCAACAGAAGGAGUAACUGAUUCUGAAGUACAAUAA